AUGCCUGGCGGUGAUCUGGCUCAGUUCUUUGAGAAAAUGCUCAACAACGCGUAUAUUCACGGAAAAAACAUCAAGCAUCGAGAUAUCAAGCCCGAAAACAUCCUCCUCUCUGCUGAUGGACAACAAGUCAAAAUCGCUGACUUCAAUAUUUCGCGAGAAUCAAAAGAAACGUUUAUGACGACUGGAAUUGCUGGAACAGAUCCUUACUUGGCUCCUGAAAUGAUUAAUACUGACGGAAACAGUGCUCAAGUUUCUUGUUCUCAAGAUGUCUGGGCGCUUGGAAUCAUUUUUCAGAUGUUAUGUACUUUCAGGAUCGAUUUUAAAAAGAUUUUAUCGCAAAAACGAAUGUAA